AUGGCUCUUCUCGGUCUCGUCGCAUAUCAAUCGUUAAUCGCUCGCCUAGGCACAAUGCUUCCCAGAUUCAUACCUCCUUGUUUCAGAGUUGACAUUAUGUCGACUUCUAGCAAAUCGACUGAAAUGUGUGAACCAGCUCCGACAGACCCGACGGCCACUUCGUCUCCUGCAGUGGGCAAUGCCAUCGCCGCAGGAUCCAUCGAGCUCCGCUGGAGCGUCUUCAUCGCAUCAGUCCGGCGCCCCAGCAACGCUUAGCAGCGGUAGCAGUCGCGAUACACAAAAUCUCGUCAGGUACGCUCCAGGGCUCUUUGGCCUCUCUUAGCCCUUCGCACACUCCUCCUUUUGUUACAGUACCAUCUGCGGAAGUGCAAAACCUAUCACUCAACCCAUCUACAUCCGGAUCGACCGUACAUCAACCAGCGGCACCAGUCGCUUCGUUGCCAGCGCGUCGGCCAGGUGAGUCCAGUCACGAUGCCUUUUCCAAAUACCGUGAGCGAUCUUCUUUUCGGAAAUCCCCUUCUCCAGAUAACGCUCCAUCGGCCUCGUCGCUCGCGUGGCAGCAAGUGUCCUCGGCCUCCAGUCUCAUCCAGCGUAUUCGCCAAAAUUCCAGUCAACACCUGACAACUAUCACAAUGCCUUUUCUCAUCUGCAUCCUUGGGGAGUCCACGUUCAGCCACACCCUGAUCUGCCUCCACUUUCCGAAGAGACGGUCACGGGCCUCCUGCUACUUCACGUUUAUCGACAUAUACCCCCGAAUGGCUACUUCGGCGGAUCCUUUUGCGCUCGUUGUUUCCUCGACGCUUCGUUGGUUCUCCUUCUACCACAAAUCCACUACCCAUUGUGGAGAUCCCACGUCCGCCCGACAUCAUCGCCUUCCGCCAAAGGGCACAGCAGCUAGUCGACGACUUGAUCGAGCAUCGCUACGUCGACGACUCUUCUACAAUCGCUCGUCUACCGACGACGCCUCCGGGCACACCGCCCACUCGUCUCUUACCGCCAGUCAUCGGAGAUGGAGUGCGCCCGGUACUCUACCAGGUGGUCAAUCGAAACUAUGGUUCCGGCGUCAUCCUAGGACUUCUUUAUUCCGGGUCCGGAUCAUCGUGACCUCCAUUGUCUGCCUUGGACUCAGGAUUCGGUCAAUUUCCUGUCGCAGACCCGCAGUUUCGACAGAACCCAGGUUUCGGUCAAGGACUUUGUGUGGGUCCUGUCUCUGCGUCCGACGGCACAGGCCCUGCAGCACAACGACCCCACACAAGUUCUCCGUCGAGCACGAAUCGGCCAUCGGCCAUGGAUGUAUUUAACCCUUUCUAG